CUGAGAAGGAGGGGAAUGUGGGCGCGGGCGGUGUGGCUGGCCUUUCGGGCCCCGGCGGGCGGGCGCCGCGGCCUCACCGCCAAGGCGGGUCCUCAGGGAAGUGUUCGGAUCACGGCCGAGAUGAUCGAGCACCUGGAGCGUUUAGCGCUAGUGGACUUCGGGAGCCAAGAGGCCGUGGCACGGCUGGAGAAAGCCAUCGCCUUUGCGGACCGGCUCCGCGCCGUGGACACAGACGGAGUGGAGCCCAUGGAGUCAGUACUGGAGGACAGAUGUCUAUACUUGAGAUCCGAUAAUGUGAUAGAAGGCAACUGUGCUGAAGAAGUACUACAAAACUCUCAUCGAGUUGUGGAGGAGUAUUUUGUGGCCCCCCCAGGUAAUAUCUCUUUGCCAAAGCUGGAUGAACAAGAGCGCUUCUCACAUAGCUGAGUAGCUAUUCUGGGAAGGGUACUCUGCAAACACGUGGAAGCGCAAUGAUAUUUUGUUAUUAUGAACACUAAUGUUCCCACUUCCUUCAGUCACCUGAAAAAAUUGAUGGUUAAGUAUUUUUUUGUAACUAACUCUUCUGAAGACAGAAUUGGCAAAGAUCUCAUCAAAACAAGGCAAUGAGUUCCUGAUGCUAAUAGAAGUAAAAGGUAUUGUCAGUUUCCAAGGAAAUGGAUCAAGUAUUUACUCACAGGCUGUUCCGUAUGGAAGAUGUUAUCCCCAUUUAUCUCUACCCCAAAAGACUAUCUACCAAACUACACGUUGGUGAAUUUUUCUGUUUACAUAACUGUUAGACACUGUAUCUGAUCACCAUGUGACAACCUAAAUUGUGCUUUUUAGUUCCUGUUUCCAUCAACCUUUUAUCUUUAUUGAACACACUUGAAUUUUUUCCUGGAUACUCACUUUAUUCCAAGCAGAGGGCUAACUUUCUCCUCAAGUCUGGAGAGUAUUCAAAGCAAACUACAGCUUGGGAGCUCCUAACCUAGAACCAUCCACUCCCACAAAAGUGAUUAUUUGCCAAAAGGACACUAGCUGCACCUAGAGUUUCUCUUUCUGAAAAGAACUUAUCAUAAAAAUAGCCCUGAGGUAGCUAACAAUACUGUAUUGUAUACUAAAAAUUUGCUAAGUGGGUACAUCUUAACUUACCAGGUAUAAAUAAAGGAGUAGGGAGGAAACUUUGGGAGGUGAUGGAUAUCUUUAUGGCUUUGAUGGUGGUGAUGGUUUCAUGGUUGUAUAUGUAACCCUAAACCCACUGAGUUGGAUCCAUUAAAUAAGUACCGCUUUUUACAUGUCACUCAUACUUCAAAAAAGUUUUUUUUUAAAAAUAGCCCCGGACCUGGAACAAAGUAGCCCCUCCCCACCAUAAUCACUGAAUUGAGUGGAAUCCAAGAUAGUAGGGUUUUUGUUUUUUAAAAAAGCUCAGAUACCGGGGCGGCCUGGUGGCGCAAGUGGUUAAGUGCUCGCAAUCUGCUUUGGCGGCCCGCGGUUCGCAGGUUCAGAUCCUGGGCACACACCGACACACCGCCUUCAAGCCAUACUGUGGCGGCGUCCCAUAUAAAGUGGAGGAAGAUGGGCAUGGAUGUUAGCUCAGGGCCAAUCUUCCUCACAAGGAAAAAAAAAAAAAAGCUCAGAUACCAAUGAUAAAUGAGACUGAUUUAGGACUAAAAGUGAUAGAACCAGAAUUGUUUUUUUCCUAAUCAAACUGCCAAAGUUAGUUUUGGCUAAGAAUUCCCCCAUGACCUUUACGCUGCUACCCACUUUAAAAAGUCUGUUUUUAUUCUUCCCAUUCCCUUCCCCUAUCCGAAAUGCUCCUUUUUUCUUUAAAGCAGCUUAACUUACAAGCUUGGGCUUGAAUUACAAGAGAACUCUGAAUCUGCCCUUAGGACUGAAGUUCUCAAACCACCACCAGAGCAACCAUCUUUAUCCCCAAAUAAAGUUAUCCACUCCUGCUCCUUACCAACUGGUUACAAGUUGCCACUUCAACUCAAUGAUUUUUUUUUUUUAAUCACUGUGCCUGUUUGGUGAAAUCUAUGAACUUAAUCAAGGACAACCACACAUGUCAAUUACUAAACGUUUAAAAUAUAUUUCUAAACAGAAUGGGCCGACUCAGUCACAGUAACUGCUGAUCUCCAUUGCAGAGCAACCCACAAAGACACAGCACUGAUUUUUUCCCAUAAUCAGGGGUGAAAAAUAUACAACUUGUUCUGAACCAAAACCACAAUUUCUGCAGUUAAAAAUGUUUCACUGCUAAUAUGGCCCUGGUAGAAAUUAUGUAGUUUUAUUUCCUUUAAAAAAAAAAUUAAAAAAAUU